CUUUCAGCAAACUUCCUCAACUUUAUAGAUAUAUUUUUUUUCCCUCGUGUCGCGGUGGCUUUUUAAAAGGAAUCGUUCAAGAAAGCAGUCCGGAAAGUUUUCCAUCCAGGUGAUUGGGGUAUCUCUCUUUUGUCAGUAUCACCACCCAAGCCAAUGAAGCCUCGGCGACUCUAUAUAGCUGUGAAAGAUUUCACAGGGGAAACGAAAGCAGGCGGGGAAGUCAAGGUUUCCAGGGGUAGCUUACUAAGCCAGGAAGAUCCCCGCGGGGUCUCCCCUGGUGGAACAUUUUGGGCCAAGGUCUUGGAUGCAGAAAAGGUGGUCCGGGUACCUCCCUCGAUGGCCAGGGAACUGAGCGGAGCCCAGUCUGGCUUGCUGGAAGCUGUGACCCAUGGAGACGAACGCCUGGCACUCUUCAAGCAGGAGCGGUGGAUGCAGAAACUCAGCGCCCUGGGGAAGGGUGACCGAGUGAGGGUCCAGAUCACCUCCGCUUCUGGGCAGAAAGUUCCAGGCAUCAUCCGAUACCGGGGACCCAUAGACAAGAACCAGCAAGAUACCAGCAUCAUCUUUGGGGUCGAGCUGGUGGGCUCAGCAGCCGGGAAGGGUUUUACCGACGGCUCCUUCAAAGGACAGAAGUUCUUCUCCUGUCGUGAGAACUGCGGCGUCUUUGUACCCGUCAGCCGGAUUGAACCCGACAAAGCGGUUGAGGAUAGUCCAGCAGCAUCUCGAAGAGGAGGGAUCCGGGAGUGUACAAGAGUCCAGCUUACAACAGGAGAUCCCUUGUCGUCCCCAGGGCUGGCGGUUGGCGACCGCGUCUUUUUCAAGAUGGAAAACAGCACCCCUACUGGCAGUGUGGUAUACUGCAACCAUCUUCCAGGGAAAUUUGAAGCCGGCGUGUUUGUGGGAAUAUUUCUAGAUCAGCCCGUGGGAUCCUGGGAUGGGUACUUCAAAGGCAAACCUCUCUGCCAUUUCCCAUCACCCAAAUAUGGAAUCUUGCUCCCCCUUUCCAAGGUGCAUAAAGAACAAGUUGAUAAAAGUCAAGAAGUCCUGAACAGCAACUCCUCCACUCCUACCUCCGAUGAAUAUGAAGACUGCCCAUCCCCUUCCUCCAUCAGAUAUCCUCCACCGAUGAAGGAGUGUUUAUCCCAGAACUCUCCUCCUUUAGCUCCUUUGUCAAACUUGGAGGACCUGAAGGAAGAAGUAGCACAAGUUUUUGAGAGGAAGAAGAAGAAAAGUGAGGCAGAAGAAUCCGAGGAGGACCAGAACAGCAGAGAAUAUGACCACCAUCUCUUGGAGAUCAAUUCCAUGGUGGAGGUUUACAACCCACCCAUCUAUGGUGUGAUACGUUGGAUUGGAGACCUACCAGAUGUAGAUGAGACGGUUGCUGGUCUGGAGCUGGAGGAACCACUAUCAACAGGAUGCACAGAUGGACAAUAUAGAGGGAUCCGCUAUUUCUACUGCCAACCAAACAAAGCCCUCUUUGUCAAGCUAUGUCACUGCCAUCCUGACUCACGUUUUGACACCUUGCAGACUCCUGAAAAUCCUGUUUUGCGUUGCAACUCCCUGGACUUUCGGGUCUAUGCCAGUGCCAGGGUGGAAGAAGAUACUCCACCACCACCAUUGGGCAGUCACGGUUUGGAACUUCUCUCAGGAUGGAAGAAAGGGAUCCAAGGUCAUUGCAACUCUUGCUACCUUGAUGCUACUUUGUUCUGUAUGUUCUCCUUUACUUCUGUGUUGGAUUCCAUGCUUCUACGCCCAGCAGACAAGAACGAUGGGGAAUCUUAUACUGAGACACGAGAUCUCUUAAGAACCGAGAUUGUCAACCCUUUGCGCAAGAAUGGCUACGUAUGUGCUACCAAAAUCAUGGCCUUGCGGAAAGUUCUGGAAACAGCUGGGCAGUCCUCUGGCUUCACCAGUGAAGAAAAAGAUCCAGAAGAGUUCCUUACCCUGCUGUUCCGAGUGCUAAAGAUGGAGCCCCUCUUUCAGAUCCGGUCCGCUGGCCAGGACCCUCAUGGCUGCAUAUUCUACCAGAUAUUUAUUGAGGACCAUCCAACUCAUGUGGUCCCAACGGUUCAAGAGCUUCUGGAGGGAUCACUGGUGAUCGGGGAUCUCAAAUUCACAGAGGCCCCAUCAUGCCUUAUCCUUCAGAUGCCUCGGAAUGGGAAGAACUUCAAAGCCUUUCGAACCAUCCAACCCAGUCUGGAACUUGACCUCACAGAUCUUCUGGAAGAAACUCCCCGAGAGUGCUCUGUAUGCCAAGGACUGGCUGUGAUGGAGUGUCCAGAUUGCUACCAGGACCCUAGUUUUGGCAUCCGACACAUCAAACAGUUCUGCAAGAUUUGCAAUCAGCAGGUUCACAAGCACCGGACCCGACGGUACCAUCAGCCUCGUCCACUGCAUCUUCCUGAGGAGCUUUCUCACUUUGGCUCUUUGCCAGAGACCAUCCCCCGCCAGACAAUGCAGCUUUUCGCAGUUCUCUGCAUUGAAACAAGUCAUUAUGUUGGCUUUACCCGCCACGGCCCAGAUGUCCACCAGUGGCUUUUCUUUGACAGUAUGGCUGACCGUGAGGGUGGUUUGAAUGGUUUUAACAUCCCUCGUGUCACACCCUGUUCAGAGGUAGCAGAUUACUUGGAAAUGCCCAUUGAAGCUCUGCAAGGCUUGGAUCCCAAAUCUUUGCCCUCUUAUGCCCGUCGCUUGCUCUGUGAUGCUUACAUGUGCUUCUACCACAGCCCUUCCCUCAGCCUCUACAAAUAACGGUUUGGACGAGAGACAGGAGAUCAUAGAAGAGAGAGAAGCUUAUACGGCUGCAGGGAUCCCGUGGCAGAUGUGGCUGCAAAUCUGAGUGUUUAAAUCAGAACCCUGUUCUCACCUAGACUUUCCAAAAGCACGAAGCCGACUCCUCAUCCCGAUAAAACCCUUUUUAUUUAUAUAAAGGGAAUUCCUCUCCAGCAAACUCCCAGCCAAAGUCUUUCAAGAGAUUUCACAACUACAGACCUUUAUCAGGCUUGGAGACCUGCCAGGCCGAUAUCUUCCAAAUGCCACUCUGUAGCAGACAAUACUUGGCAAGAAGUCAGGAACAGAUCUUCACUCUAAUGAAUUGAACUAAUUGUCCCCUGCAAACUCCCCUCCCCUUUUGCUCCUCUUUAUUCCCUAUGGGAGGAGCCAUUCACUGUCCAUCUGUGGCUUUACUUCCGAGUUGACCCUUGUUCCUUAGCUGUUCCCUUCUUCUGGCAGCUCUGAGCAUGCGCACACUGGGAGCAGGCUCCAGUUUUUCUUCUGCCCCACUGAUGUCUGACUCUGAAGACAGCUGAUAACUGUCAGACAGCCCUGGCCCCAUCUUUGCCUCCAGUGCAGGGCACUCAUCAGAGCCUUCCCCUUCCCUAGACUCCAUGUUCCUCCUCACUAUCAGAAUCUGCUGCCAGAUCUGCUGGCAGGCCGCAAGAAACCCAAAGGUGCUUUUUUCAAGAGGCAAUUGGACUUUCUGUUUUUUCUUUGAAGACAUUUUGCUUCUCAUCCAAGAAGCUUUUCCAGCUCCAACUGCCUCUUGAAAAAAGCACCUUUGGGGCAACCAUGACCUGGAUGAUUGAGAAUCUCCAUAGACAUUUAAACCAGAACCUUUGGGAGAGACAACCUGAGAGAGCACUGAGCAAUUCAAAAGCAAAGGCUAUAUACAGUAUAUUGUUGCCUAGAACUUUUCAGAUGGAAGCCAUAUUGGAAUCUGUCCUUCCUUUAGGACUAAUCUAGAUGAAAUGUUUAAAUACAUCAUUAUAUCAGACUUCUCCCCUGACUACUCUUCACCAUUUUAAACAUUUUAGGGAUGGCGGACGCAAUCAAACUAACUCCAUCCACUUUGCCAUGCCCCUGUUGGUGUUUGAAUCUGAGAUGGAAGAUCAACAGCUGACAGCAAAAGAAUGGCUCUGUUGGCUGUGGAGAAAACUGGGGAAGGGCAAAGACAGGCUGGGCAGAGCAGGGGAGAGGUAGAACAAGGGAAAGGGGGUUCAGAUGAAGACCAAGGCCCACCCCCUCCUAGGGUACGCAGGGAAGAACGCAGAAGAGAGUAACAUGGGCUGUGUCAUUUAUGAGAAAGGAAAGGGCCCCGAUUCCCUUCACAAGGCACCAUUUAGGAUGGAGUUUAAAGGAGAGGCAGUUGGGAGGGGCAUUUGUCGGGAACAAGUGCUGAAUUAAUCUGGUGUUGAGAGUUGUGGCCUGCAUUCCUGACAUUCCCUCCUGACUGUUUGAAUUACUGCCAUGCUACUGUGUUCCUAUCUUGUCUUGCUGGAAUUAUUCUUCCUGUCUGGGACUCAUUAUUUUGCCCUGAUGUUCACAGUGUUUGGACUGAAGUAUCUGCAAGUUUGUGGGAGAGCUUUUCUCCAGGCUGUAAAAGGGACAUUGGGGGCAGAGUUGGUGCCAAUAAAAGAAUUCAGGUUCUCUAGCCUUCAUGCCACCGCCCGGGUCAUCACAGACUUGGAGCAACUUACCAUAUUGUAUGUGAAUAGAAAAGAAGUAUUAAGUCUA